AUGGACAAACUUGAAAGUGAACAACUGAAGACAGCUGGAAUCGUAACCAGACUAGCUAACAAUGCAUUCAGUUCUAAAAGAAACCCCAUUGGUGCCAUUGGAAUACAGGUCAGACAGAAUUGGAGCAAGAAAGUAAGUGAAUUGGUAGAUGUUAGAAAGGGAAAACCUCGGGAGAAAAAUGGCAGAGAAGGAUGUUCCAGUGAGAAUCAAAAAAAAAAUUGGCGAACAAGCUAUUUCGGACUAAUUCAACAGAAACUGCAGCCAUUUGAUGUCGCGGAUCUCUACUUACAAAAAGCAAGAGUCAAGACCAGUAAAGCCAUAAAGAACAAAAACAGCUCAAAGAAUAAGCUGCAUGUUGUCGCGAUGGAAACAAUCAACCAAGCAGAUGUUAACGAUUUAAAAAUCUACACUGAUGGCUCAGUGGGCGCAACAACAAAAAGAAGUAUUUCGGUGAUGGUUGUGUGUAACGAAGAUGGUCUAAUAAACAUAGAAAAAGCGGUUUAG